AUGCCUCCCAAGAGAGCCGCCGCGGCGGGCGCAAGCGCUUCGUCUGCGACAAAGCAAACUACCACCAAGAAGGCUACCGCCGCUUCCAAGAAGACUGCGGCGCCCAAGAAGGCCGCUGCGCCGAAAAAAGCCGCUGCGCCGAAGAAGGCCGCUGCGCCGAAGAAGGCGGCCGCUCCCAAGAAGACAGCUGCAGCUAAGAAAGCUGCGCCAGCCAAGAAAGCUGCGGACGAGUCCGACAAGGAGAACGCAGCUGGCCCCGUCAACGGCAUCAAACGUAAGCGGGAUGCCGAGGACGAUGAGCAGACUGACGAAGAGGUCGCCAAUGACGCCGGCGCCGCGAACAAGCGCGCUCCCAAACGCGCCAAGAAUGGCGAUGCCGCCGAAGAGCAAGAGCAGAAUCAAGGAGCACCAGCUGCGCCGUCCAAGAAGAGAAAGGCGGCCGAGCCCGUCGCCAAACCUGCAGCCAAGCGCGUUGCGCGCGCGCUCAAGGUCAUCAACGAGCCGCCCACCCAGGUUAUGGACAUUUUUGUGUUCGGCGAGGGCACCGCCGGCGAGCUUGGCUUGGGAAGCGUCAAGUACGAUGGCAACAAAAAGCCCAUUGACGUCAAGCGACCCCGGAUCAACCACAAUCUGAAGGAUGUCGUGCAAGUUGCCUGCGGCGGCAUGCACGUCGCCGCCCUCACCAAGGACAACAAAAUCUUGACGUGGGGCGUUAACGAUCAGGGCGCCCUCGGUCGCGACACCACCUGGGAUGGCGGCCUGAAAGACAUGGCGGAUGAUAACAGCUCUGAUUCCGACGAUGAUGACGACACGGGUAUGAACCCCAAGGAGAGCACACCUGGAGAGAUUGACACCUCGACGAUCCCUGAGGGAACAAAGUGGGUUCAGGUCGUCGCCAGUGAUAGCGCGACCUUCGCUCUGACCGAGACUGGCCAAGUUUACGGAUGGGGCACAUUCAGAAGCAACGAAGGCAUUCUCGGUUUCAGCCGUACUGUUUUGGUCCAGCGCACUCCGACCCUUGUUCCGGAGCUCUCCAAGAUCAAACAACUGGCUGCUGGACUGAAUCACAUUCUCGCUCUCGACGAAAAGAACAAAGUCUAUGCUUGGGGCGCUGGCCAGCAAGCCCAGCUGGCUCGCAGGCUCCUGGAGCGCGACGAUAUCGCUGCUCUCUACCCGACUUGCAUCGGUACCCUUCCCGGCCGCGCCAAGGUGCACAAGAUUGCCUGCGGUUCGUACCAUUGCUUUGUGAUUGACACCAAGGGCCGCGUCAUCGGCUGGGGUCUGAACAAUUACGCCGAGCUCGGCGUCGAGGACGAGGCCGGCCAGGACGGCGGUUACGUUAUGCGCCCGCAACUUAUGAAGAAGCUGGCCGAUUACGAGAUCGUCGACAUCGCCGGUGGCGAGCACCACUCGCUCGCAUGCACCAAAAAUGGCGAACUGAUCACCUGGGGCCGCAUCGACGGACACCAGGUUGGCCAGCCCUCGUCGUCCUUCUCUGAGGACAACACCAUCUACGAUGAGCGCAACACCCCGCGUAUCCUCCUGGUCCCGACCGUUGUCCCGGAGAUCAAGGAUGUUGUCGGUGUCGCGGCGGGCACCGACCACAGCUUCGCCAUUACCCAGGACGGCAAGGUUUACUCUUGGGGAUUUUCGGCAAACUACCAGACCGGCCAGGGCACCACCGACGACAUUGAGAGGCCCACCCUCAUUGAUAACUCCGCCAUCCGCGACAGGAAGAUCAUCUUUGCUGGCGCCGGCGGCCAGUACAGCAUUCUUGGCGCUCUCCCUGAGGAGAACUAG